UUUAGACUAUGGUAAGGUUAUUGUUAGGAAUGAUUAAGCGAACAGGCGUAGGCUUCCGAAAUUAAAUGAAACACAUGAAAACUUAAAGUAAUUAGACUCGGUAUCGGCUUAACAAGCGAUAGAAAUAACAAUUUAAAACCGUUAACCGCGUCGCAAUAAUUGCAAAUGAUAAUGGUUACCAGUGCGAACUAGAAACUCGUGGCAAUCCUAUCGUUUAGAGGGGGUGUGGAUAUUCGCGUGACCCAAUUCCAUCCUUCAACUUUUCUACCCUUGAUAUUGUCCGUGUACAUUAGAACACGGGAUUUACGUCGGCACGAUGGCUGUUAUUGAUCAGCAGCGGAAUCCUUUGGUUGGUUUUACGUACACGUUAAGCACGUUCGCUUUAUGGUUCACGGUUAACUCUUUGUUACGAUACGAGCUUCGGGACUCGAAGGUACUCGGUUUUGGGGCCCACGCAGACAUGCGAUUUUUCCCGUUGCGAUCUCGCACCACCGAUAUAUCUUUCUCUUCGGCUAAGAACAAAGAAAGAUAUACCGAUCUUAAGAAAUUACGACGGGAAAAAUCGUACGUCUGCAACGACCCUUACCCGGUUCUCGAGCCAAUUCUAAUCCACUAAAAUCUCGCGGCGGCCUCGGGACGUUAGCCUUGAAAAUGGCGAAGGCAUGCGGCAUCAUCGAAAUAGCAAAUCGAUUAUUUAACCUCACGUGCAUCCGACGACUAGUUGCACUUUGUCUUUUAAUCUUUUCCCUCAAAGUUGAACGUUAUUUUUGGAGUUGCUUUUCAUUGAUCAUCAAUGCAAAGCAACGCAGGAUGUCAGGAUAAACGAAGUAAUCACUUUCCGAUAUCGUACUUCCUUACAUCUGCAGUCGCCAUAGUGCUCUAGAUGUGCCAGCAUGUCCGAAGAAGUGGCGCCAGAAGCAGCGAGCGAGGAGAUCGACAGGCAGGCGUCGGUUUACGUAUUCCCGGGACCAGGUCGUCAACAUUAUCCCGGCUCAGCACCGCUACAACCAACGACUGCCACUGUUCCCGAUGCCUCAAGCUCUGUUUUCACGACCAUCCCGUUAUCGAAUGCUCUCGCGAAAGGAUGCAGCAACAACGAAGACGAAGAGGUCGCGGCGCGAAACAGAAGAAGACCGUGUCCCAGGACUCAUGCCAGAUCGGCCAGCCACGGUGGAGUGUUGGCGGAAUGCCUCGGUGGAAUGACGAACACGGGAUUCCAGCCGCACGCGGGCUCCUAUCUGGGCCCUCUGUCCGCAAUCGGUGGGUCGAGGCCCUCGGCCUUGAAGAAACCUGGUCAUCAGAGAGCGUUCAGUCAGGGUCAGGUGAUCGACGUUCAGGGACAUUCGGUCACGGGGCACAGUCGUGUCGGAUCCAGAACGGAUUUUAUCCUUCCACCCGGUCACAGGGAGGAUUCCAGGCCACCCAUGGCUGGGAAAGUGCCCUCCUUUCGAGGUCACUCGCGGCAAGCGUCCAGAUCGGAGUCGAUAUACACGAUAAGACGUAGCGCUGAACCUCCUUGGUGGAGAAGGCUCUGGGCUCGAUGCUUCGGUCCGUUACCAGAGGAACCCCGUUUAAGGAAAAUAGUGCCGAAUCACUUAGUGCCGCCGAAAACACCGCCGAGUCAGCACCCCAAUGGCAAGAGAGUGAACAAUAGAGUACGUACGACGAAGUACACCUUGCUGAGCUUCCUACCUCGCAAUUUCCUCGAACAAUUUCGCCGUGUGGCCAACAUAUAUUUUGUAUUUAUCGUUCUACUUAAUUGGGUGCCAGCCAUAAAUGCCUUCGGCAAGGAGGUUGCCAUGAUACCCAUAAUCUUUGUGCUCGGUGUAACGGCUUUGAAAGAUUAUUUCGAAGAUAAACGGAGACUGAUCAGCGAUCGACGCGUGAAUAAUUCUACCUGCCGUGUCUACGUGCGCGAUGACAACAGGUAUGCAAAGGUAGCGUGGAAAGACGUAAAGGUCGGUGACCUGGUUCACCUCUCGAACAACGAACUCGUACCGGCCGAUGUGUUGCUCCUACGAAGUAGCGAUCCUCAGGGCGUAGCGUACCUCGAUACGUGUAAUCUCGAUGGCGAGACUAAUCUGAAGGAACGGCAAGUUGUCAGAGGUUUCGUGGAUCUCCAGGAUACCUUCCAACCGGCCAAGUUUCGAUCCGAGAUCGAGGUCGAUCAACCGAGCACUAGGAUAUAUCGGUUUCAUGGAGCUGUCGUUCACCCAAACGGUGGUAGAGUACCUGUCUCGACCGAGAAUCUUCUACUCAGGCAGUGUUUAUUAAAGAAUACCGACUUCGUCGAGGGCAUAGUGAUAUAUGCGGGUCACGAGACGAAGGCCAUGCUUAAUAAUGGUGGACCUAGAUACAAGCGUUCACGACUGGAGAAGCGGAUGAACAACGACGUUAUAUGGUGUGUGGCGAUUUUAGUGGUAUUAUGCGUGAUUGGUGCCACCGGUUGCCGACUUUGGCUUUCCGAAUUUUCCGAACUCACGUUUGUCCCGUUUAUCCCGGUUCUCCAAGACGCAAAUUACGAGAGCAUGCUAACGUUCUGGACGUUUGUGAUCAUUCUUCAAGUAAUGAUACCGUUGAGUCUUUACGUCACUAUCGAAAUGGCGAAAGUGGGCCAGGUUUAUCACAUCGGACAUGAUAUUGCUCUUUAUGACGCGGAGACAGGACGCUCGGCUGAAUGUCGCGCGCUCAAUAUCACGGAGGAAUUGGGUCAGGUGCAGUAUAUAUUCUCUGAUAAAACUGGCACGCUCACGGAGAAUAAAAUGCUAUUUAGACGGUGCACCGUGGGGGGACAAGAUUAUUCGCAUAGCGGAGACGGUGAGAAUUUGGCCCCUUCCUCACGGCUGAAGGAAGAUCUUCUUAUAGGCACAUUUAGGCAACAUUUGCAGGAAUUUCUAAUCGUAUUAGCGAUAUGCAAUACCGUUGUCGUCAACUCUCAGCCUCAUUAUGACACCAUGAAUUCCAGUGGAGUGAUCGAGGAACCUCAGAAGAACGGUGAAGAAGCAGGGAGGUAUACGAGAAUGAUUGACACGAGAAGUUUAACUCCGUCACCGAUUAUUCCUUUAUCUACGCUAUCUCACUCGACAAACAGCCCCGAUGAAAAUGUAUCAUCGAUUUCUUCGAUGGUUGAAAUAGAAUCUACGCUUCAUAAUUCUACUAAACUGUCGAAUAAAUUACCAAGACCAAAGUUUCUAAAUGUAACAUCAAUACCAAGUUUAGGAAUUGGACUACUAGGAAGGAAAUUGUCUCCAAACGGAGAGCAUAAGAGACGCAGCCCGCUGAGUCCCGUUAUUGAUGCAAGCGGGAAGAACGGAGACGAAUUGCUACCUACGGCAGCGAUUUACGAAGCGGAAAGUCCGGACGAGCUCGCUUUGGUGAAUGCAGCACGUGCUUAUAACGUGAAACUUCUUAAACGAACGGCACGUAGCGCGAUCGUUUGUUUGCCGGAUAAAUCCAUCCUUACUUUCGAAAUUCUCCAUGUGUUGCCAUUUGACUCUAACAGAAAAUGUAUGUCUAUUUUGGUACGACAUCCUCUCACUCAUGAGGUAGUGUUGUAUAGUAAGGGUGCCGAUACAAAGAUACUGUCGUCUUUAACCUCUCAGGAUGAAAAUUCUAUGACGACGAUAAAAAUUCGACAAUCUCUUCAAUCGUAUGCGCGUCAAGGUCUUCGAACUUUGGUAAUGGCUAAAAAGUCUCUGACAGCGCAAGAAUAUGAAAAUUGGCAUCAAAUGCAUUCCGAAGCGGAACUUGCAAUGGAAAAUCGUGAAAUGCGUAUUAAAGAUUCAUACGCGAAUCUCGAAUCUCAUUUAACUCUUCUAGGUGCCACUGGAAUUGAAGAUAAACUUCAAGUUGGAGUACCAGAAACUAUGAGUACUCUUAUGGCAGCAGGGAUCGUGAUUUGGGUUUUAACAGGGGACAAACCGGAAACCGCAGUUAAUAUUGCAUACGCAGCGCGUCUUUUUUCGCCCGCGAUGCAAUUACUGUGGCUACAAGCGAGAUCCAAAUCCGUUGCCGAAGCCUUAAUUCAUGGAUAUUUAGAAUCUGCACGCAAAGAAUGUACAGUUCAAGGAAUAGAUAACAUUAGAGAAAUUACAAUGUUUAAUUGCGAUACAGCAGAAAAUGAGGCACACCGAGUAGAUAGUCCAUGGUCGAGACAACGUGCACUCGUUGUUGAUGGCAAAACUUUAACCGUUAUCCUUGAUCCACGGUCUGGAUUAACUCGGCUGUUUCUUGAAUUAACGAAAACUUGUUCCAGUGUGCUAGCUUGUCGAGCCACGCCUCUUCAAAAGGCAUAUAUUGUACGUAUAGUGAAAGAGCAAUUGGGAAUGAGAACUUUGGCGAUUGGGGAUGGCGCUAAUGAUGUUAGCAUGAUUCAAACUGCAGACGUAGGAGUUGGUAUCUCCGGACAUGAAGGUACACAAGCUGUUAUGGCUGCAGACUUUGCCAUUUCACGGUUCUCGAUGCUUGGCAGACUUCUUUUGCUGCAUGGUCAUUGGUGUUAUGAUCGCUUGUCUAGAAUGAUCUUAUAUUUCUUUUACGAGAACGCCACUUUCGUUUUCGUUUUAUUCUGGUAUCAGUUGUACUGCGGUUUUACUGGAACAGUCAUGGUGGACCAAAUUUACUUAAUGCUCUACAAUUUAAUGUUCACGUCUAUGCCACCACUUGUAUUAGGCAUAUACGAUCGAGUGGCUUCAGCUGGUGUUUUGUUAUCUAUGCCACAUUUAUAUAAAAGAGGACGACUCGGACUCGUAUAUCAGCCACAUACAUUUUGGAUAACCAUUGCUGAUGCUUUGUACCAAAGUAUCGUCAUUUUCUUUGUAAAUGAGGGUGUAUACUAUGAUUCAAGUAUUGACAUUUGGGAAUUUGGAACUACUGUAAUGACUUGUUGCGUUAUUAUCAUGUUAACAAACAUUGCCGUAGAAAUUAGAUCUUGGACCAUAAUCCAUCUUUUUGCCGUAAUGGGAUCAUUGGGAGUAUUUUUCGGUUUCUGUUUAAUUUAUAACGUAGUUUGCGUUAAUUGCAUGGGUCUUCUAUGUUCGUAUUGGGUAAUGGAAAUGGCUAUCAUGAGAUAUACAUAUUGGCUUACAAUAAUACUUACCUCUGUUUUGGCACUGCUGCCAAGAUUGCUUUACAAAGCCAUAAUAUCGACAAUAACUCCAGAUCUUAUGCAAAGUGCCACGUUUAAUGUCCUAUCAAAAAGUGGUAAGCAUAGACAACGAAUCGCUGAAAGAAGCGAAAAUAGUUUUGUUGCUGGUUGGUCACGUUCGACACAGCAUGCCACUAUACGAAGUGGGGUUAAACACGAUACAUUGACAACUAUCGUUGCAUGACAUAUCCUAAAAAGUCAAAUAAGACUGUCGGCACGCUGUAACAGCACACUGAAGACUGUUAACAGUGCUGUUUUAUUAACGUUAUUAGAAAAUAAAAAGGCGACGUCCUAUGCCGCAUUUCAACCUUUACUGUUCCUAAGGAUUGUAAAAGUAUUGAGAGGAAAUGUAUUAUAAUUUUACAUUUAAUAUGCAUUUUUUUUGCCAAAAAAUGCCUUAUUUUAUUGAAACUAUGUUAGUUAUUGAAUUCAUCGUCUAACAUCGAUCGUUUUUGUUAUUCAUCGAGUGGCCUUAAAUCCAGACUACUACUGUUCAUUCUAUUUGAUGGCUGUGAUUUUUAGGGACCAAAACCUUUAAUUCAGUAGUAAUAUCGAUGUCUAUCGGUGACUCGAUUUAAAAGUUCGCAUGGACUUAUUUAUACGCGCGUGUUCGGCUUGUAUAUCAAAUCAACUGAUAAUUUAUUCAAGUCGUAAUUGUCCUCUUAGAAAUAAGUGUAAAAGUGUGUAAAUAGUAAAAAAAAAAUGUAGAAUGUAUAUUGCCCUCUAUGAAGUUACUUUAUAUUGUACGAAUUAUAAACAUGUGUAUAAAUCAUAGUGUGAGUAUAAUGCGUAUGCAUUGUACGCUCGUGCUUGCAUUAUUGUAAUUUUGGACAAGUGUAUGAUAUGUCACAUAGAGGUUCUAUUAAACGUAUAUGUUGGACGUCAAUGACGACACAUUGCAUGUGUUUAUAUAGUAUUUUGAUAAACGAUUAAGAGAAAUUGCGUGUAUAUAGUGAUUAUGAGUAAAAUCGAGUGUUCU